AUGGAUGAAUCAGGGGAAUGGGAUAUCAAGUUGAAUGUUGAUGAUGAUAUGGAUUACUCGUGUGAUGAUAUUGAUGUGUUGUUGAAUGAUCAACUUAGAGAUGUUGCACAGGCUGAAGGAGUUUAUGAUGGUCCAAAUGAAGAUGCCAAGAAAUUCUAUAGCUUACUUGAAGAGGCAAACCAAGAAUUAUAUUCUGGUUGUAUAGGUUUCUAUAAAUUAUCAUUCACACUUCGCUUAUAUUUGUUGAAGUGUUUACAUGGAUGGAGCAAUGAAUCAUUCACUUCUCUUCUAGAGUUAUUAAAAGAGGUGAUGCCCGAGUUUAAAAUUCCUCAGUCUUACAAUAAAACCAAGUCUAUGGUUAAGAAUCUUGGUCUGGAUUAUGAUAAAAUUGAUGCAUGUCCAAAUGAUUGCAUGUUCUUCAGGAAUGAUCAUAAGGAUGACGAAUUUUGUCAUACUUGUGGAGCUUCACGAUAUAUUGAAGCUCCUAAAGUUGAUAGUGAGCUUGAGUCUUCAAAAAAACAACAUCGAGUUUCUGCAAAGACUUUGAGACACUUUCAAUUAAUUCCUAGACUCAAAAGGCUAUUUAUGUGCUCAAAGACGGCAGAUGCUUUGAGGUGGCAUGAAGAGGAACGUUCUAAAGAUGGAAAGUUAAGGCAUCCCGCUGAUGGUCUAGCAUGGAAAGACUUUGAUAGGGUGCAUCCAGAUUUCGCACAAGAUUGUCGCAAUGUGAGACUUGGCUUGUCAACUCUUAUGUGGACAAUCAGUGAUUUUCUUGCAUAUGCUAUGUUAUCUGGUUGGAGUACAAAAGGAAAGUUUGCUUGCCCUUGUUGUAACUAUGGCACUAAUUCUCGCUAUCUUAAACAUAGUCGGAAAAUGUACUAUAUGGAUCAUCGUGUUUUUCUACCGAUGGAUCAUCCAUGGAGAUCAAACAAAAGAUCAUUCAAUGGAAAAACUGAAUUUAGGCCUCCUCCAGCUCCUUUAAAGGGAACUGAUGUUCUUAAUAGCUUACGUGAUUUUGAAAAUGUGUUUGGGAAUAAGAAAAAGAGAUCAAAUGAUGGCCCAAGGAAAAAAGGAAAAACAAAGGAUCAUGCAAAAGCACGGUAUGAUUUGAAAGAUAUGGGAAUGAGGAAGAACCUUCAUCCACAAGAUACAGAAGAUAGUAAGAGAACAAAGUUUACAAAGGCAUGCUUCUCAAUGACAAAUGGAUAG